AGAGAGAGAGAUAUAAAGAGAGCAGGAGAGAAUGAGCAGCCUGAAGCUGAGCAGCGAGCGGGUAGAGCAGCAGGAGUACUUCUGUCGGGGACGAUCCAGUCUCAAGUGUCACUGAGAGCAAAGAGUCCGCAGGACCUUGUCCCAAAAGAAAGAAGGAUCUUUUCCUCCGAGAACUGACUCUUGUUUAUGAGGACAGCCUUUUCUGACUCCAGGAUGAUCUAUCACCUUUCAAACCAACACAGAGUCUGAAUCUGCUCCGGCUCGAACAAAUCAUUUCCCCCGAAAGAGGAAUAAAGGAAGAAGAAGAAGAAGAGGAGGGGGAGGAAAAGUCAGUCCAUCAACAAAUGUCUAAAUCAGGCGCAUUUGGGGACUAUUGGAUAUAUUGUCCCCUCUGAAAACCAGAAGAAAAGAGGAAUAAAGAAGAAAAAGUGAGGCGAGAAAAGAAGGAAAAGAUUUUCAUUGUAAGAACAACCUAAAGAAGAUGUUGGCGUUUGUUGCAUCCACUCAGUUGCAAAGAAAAGAGAUGAAAGAAGAAGAUAAAAAGAUGAAAAUAAAGAUUGAGUAACAGAAGAAAAGCACAACUGCAAGUAUCUUGUUUCACACAAAGAAUCCAGAAAAAGGUGGAAUAAAGCAAAAAGUUUCUUUUUUGGUAAUAUUGAUCUAAGAUGUCAUAGACCAACACUGUUUGAAUUUCACUCUCUCAAGUCCAGAUCAACACGAAAGAAAAAGACAAAUGGAAUAUCAGCUUGUCAGCUGAAAAGAAUACAAGGACAAUAAUUUAUUUUUACUUUUUAAUUAAAAACUUGAACAAAUUAUUCUGAAAGAGAGGGCAGAAAACAACUAAAGGAGUCUGAAGUUGCCGUUUGCUGAAGACAGAGGAGCAGGAAAAGUUUAAGGAGCAAACAAAAAAAGUCAAAGGAAGCUACAGAAACGCAGGAGUGAGGAGUCAAAAGUGUAGGCAUAAAAAGGAUGCAGAGGUAAAAAGGGAAAAGGGAAAAGAGAAAAAGAGAAAUAUCUCGGAAAAAGAGGACAAGGAGGUUUAUAGUGGAAACAGAGAAGAAAAGGAAUAAUCAAGGGGGAAAAAAAGGCAAAAAGGAUGAACCAAGACGAAAAGGAAGAGUGACGAGUGAAAGGAGGACAAUUCAAAAGAACAGGGAGGACUGAAGAACAAAAGUAGAAACAUAAGGCCAAAUAAUAAAAGGAGGAAAAAAAAAUCUUUUAAAAGGGAAAGGACCCAGGUGUUACAAUGAGGGUUCUGGUGCUUCUUGCAGCUCCUCUCUCCAUCCUCAUCCUCCACAUUGCAGUGGUGGCCCCGGCAGGCGGCGUGGCCCCGGGCCGUCUGGAGCGCUGGGUCCGCUCAGGCCUCCAGUCGCUGCAGUGGGACCAGCUGGACCGGUGCCUCCGCAUGUCCUCGCUCUCUGAGGCAGAGUGCAAGAGGCUCGCCCACCUGCCACUGUCUACCGUGGCUGUUUACGUAUCGGAGCCACGCACUGCUGCAGGUAACUCAGACAAAGUUCUGGCUAUCCUGCCGGACUCCUGGGGCGGCUCGAUGAGCUCCAAACCACGGGGAGGUUACAGCGUCAGCCAGGUGCUGAAUGGAGGGGAGGGUUCCCACAGACCUCAGCAGCGAUUCCCCGGCUCCACGGCCCAUGAUGCCGUGCUGGUCCUGGAUCCGAGCCCAGGGGAGAACUUUGGGCACCCAGUGGUCCUAUUUUAUGUGGAUGUUAACGUGACGAAGAAGAGAUGCUCCCACCUGGAUGGCAUUUACCUGGGCGAGGAGUGUUUGACUCUGGCUUUAAAGGGUCGUUGUCAGAACCAGCUGAAGCGUCGGCAAGCCGGGCCAGAGAGGCUUAUGGGUAAUGGACACGGUCGGCUGGCAGGUGGGGCGCUGCGCGGUAGUACCAUUACCACGAGUGGUGGUAGCCGUCUGGUGGAGCGGGCCGUUGGAAGGCUUUGUGAAGUCCACUUCCUUCCACUGGUGGUCGGAGUUGGAGACAGCAACCGGACACAGAGACUCAGAUGUGUUGACCACGCAGAGUUUGCGAGGUGCCCUCAGCCACUGCCCAUGGGCUCGCCCAGUUUGCCCGUUUCAAGCUGUGAGCUAAAUAAAAACACCAGACGCUGCCACCAGCAGCCACUGGCCACUCACCUCUCCUGCCGACUCUACCAGACGUGCGACCAUGCUGUGCUCAUCUCAGGUGGCUGGCAGCAGCAGAUGACGUUCCAGCGUCAUGUUCAGAAUCUUCAGAAGUUCUACAGAAUGCUGCAGAACAACGGCUUCCAUAAAGAACACAUCAAAACCUUCUUCGCCAGCAGUGGACAGCUUCCUGAGGAUGUAGAGGGUGUGUACUCGGCAACAGAGAAAGCGGUGAUUCGUAACCACGUGUCGUACAUCUGCAGGAAGCAGCACUGCGCCGACACGCUGGUUCUCUACCUGAACUCUCCAACACGCAACGAUGGCACCAUGCUGCUAUGGGACGCCAACCUCAAUGGCAUUGCUGACCCGAAGGAGCGGUACUCAGUCAACGAGCUGCUGGCCGACCUGGCCGGCUGCAGGGCGACCCGUGUGCUGCUGUUUGUGGAUCAGAGCUACAGUGGUGUUCUGUCCAAGAGGCUGCGAGGGUCCCAGAAACACCUCAACGUGGUUCUGAUCCAGAGCCAGACGCGGCAGAGCCACAACCACCAGAGGUUGAACCCUGGCUGGGAGGACAGCGGCUGGUCCCACAUCAGCCCUUUCAGCUGCCUGCAGGACCACCUGGCAAAGAGUACUGGGAUGUCUCGCCUCCUGGAGCCGUGGGCCGGCCUUUUAAACGUGACGCUGGCCGGAGCCCCCUGCAAUGCCACGCCGCCUCUGACGGAUGGCGAGAUGCGGCGAGAGUACCAGGGCUGCCAGAACCUGCCCACCGCGCUCUGGCACCAGAAACAAAGGAGGACCAACUGAGCGAGAGAGAGAGAGAGACACUGAGACUUCCUGAUGGAGAGAGUGAGAGAGAGAGAGAGAGAGGGAGAGAGAGAGAGAGAGAGAGAGAGAGGCUGAGUGGGAAACAAAUGAAUUAUGGACACACACACACACAGACCAAUCACAAGUGUUUGCAUUGCACAAGGACACAUCUGCCGGUGCUUGUUAACUUAGGACUUUAUUUUGUGUUUGGCGGACACUAGAUUGUGUGUGUGUGUGUGUGUUUGUGUGUGUGUGUGUGCGUGUGUGUGUGUGUGCGUGCGUGCGUGUGUGCGUGCGUGUUCUGUCCUAACUCAGACAGUAACCACGGUGAUGACAGCUCAUCCCAACGGGAGUGUCCUGAACACAAUGUUUGUGUUUGUGAGUUCAGCAAAAGGACAACCACUCUCUGAGACCAUUGCUGGCUUACACUCAUUGUGUGUGUGUGUGUGUGUGUGUGUGUGUGUGUGUGUGUGUGUGUGUGUGUGUGUGUGUGUGUGUGUGUGUGUGUGUGUGUGUGUGUGCGUGUUCACCACAUCUCCUGGGCACUUAAACAUUUCAUAGCAAAUCAUCUUUCUCUAUUUUUAUCUUCACAACACUUUUCUAUACUUUCUUUCGUCUUUCCCUCUUCUCUUCAUUCUGUUCUUUUCUUCACCUUCUCUCAGCUACUUUCCUCCUAGUCUAUAUAUCUUUGACGUUCCACUCCUGGGAUUGCUCUGGUGCUGGCGCUAGGUUUGGUUACCGUUUGGAUUUCUACGAUUCCCAUGCCGAACCGGUACUUUUAAAACGAUUCCGAUUCCUAAACUGAUUCUUGAAAAACUGAAAAAUGAUAUCAAAGAACGGCUCUUUCAUUGAGUUUUUUUGACAGCUGAGGUCACAAGGAGUCGCGAGAUCUCGCGAAUUCACGUAUGAUCGCGCAAUAUAACAGGAUGUAGUUUCUAUAAACAGAACCACAAAACCUGUCUCUGCCCAUUAUGACGUUUUCAAGGUGUAGUGCAGGGAAAUAUGAUCCACUGUGAGCACGGUGUAUUUUAUUUUGAAAAUUAACCGGAUGUUUUAUUUUGUUACUGUGCUCGACUUCCUGUCCCGCACAAUCUGCCCUGUGCCGAAUUGCUGCCGAGCUCUCCGGCAUCUGUUUUGGAGCGGAUCCGCAGCCGUUCCGCAGUUGGUGGAAAUUGGGGGUCAGAUGGUGUCGAAGAGGCCUGCAUAAUAAGAUUCAUAAACAAGACAUACUGAUUCCACAGUCGCUUAUGUGUUGUAAGCUGUCUGCACUGACAGCUCUCAAGAUAUCAGCGGGCGCUGCAGCUCCUUUAGUGCCUGACCUAAAGCUAACAAGCUAGCCUAGUAACCAGAACAAUCAAACACAGAAACUCAGCGCAAGUUACUAAUAAGGAGCAGCGCAAUGCCCAGGUAGUGCCACUAAUAUACACAACCGUGUAUACAUAAAAUGUAGUGGUUUUCACCUGUAAUUCAGCCCGCUCCACCUGUGUCACCACAUUGUGCUCUCUCUACUUUGAAAUGGGCCCAUUCGUGCUGCAGGAAGUGCAAGAUCCCCGGGAUACUGUACUGCGCCAUAGCCGCCUCUCCAGCGUCGCCAUCAGGCAGCGGUCCUUUCCCACCGCCGGGUAAAACAGAGUUGUUAUUGUUGUUGAAGAACACGCCGGGCCCCGCCUCUUGGUCCAUGGCCGGGCUCGGUGGAAAGCUCUGUCCGUUGUCUCGCUGAUUCCUGGUGCUAGAUAUCAACGGAAAGGCACAAAUCUAUCUAAUCUGCGCUCGGUUUCCUCGGCUCGGGGUGGUUAAUAUGCUUUUACGUCCGUUUUGGUGAGCCCAGAGGGAAAAUAUGGCAUUUUAAAAGUAGCCUACAUUUAGGGUAGCUAGCUA